CCCCAGCACAGCAUCCUUUCUCCCUCGGGAGCGGGAAAGCAACCCCUUUCUGUCCCGUCCUUCCCCGCGAGCCUCUAGGCGGGAUGGAGCGGAGGCUCUUGGAGCCUCCAGCCCCGACCCAGGGCUCCUGGGACUCGCGACCCUCUCUCAGAAGAGGGCAGGGAAGGAGCGCGAGGUGGGGCGGGGGUGACUUCGGGGAGCAAAGGGCUUUUGCAGAUAGGACGCAGCUGCAGAUCGGUAGCUGGAGGCCGCACGGUAAAAUAAGCGCCUCUCAGACGUCUGCGCCCGAGUUAAGUUAGACCCGGGUGGCAGAAAUCCACGCGCUGGACGCGUGGGCCCAGGCGCGCCCGAUUGGGAACCUCGCUGACAGUUACCGCAGUUUUUCCAGAUCAUUCAGUGUUCAGGAAAUGAGUCUCUGGAUGCCAACUCUUUCGCGUCCUGGUGCCUGAAUACAGUUGAACCCAGGAGCCCCAGAGUCUACCCAGCCUGGGGAACCCCCUUUCCCCUCUAACCAUGGGCUUGGGGAACCUGUCAGGUGCAAAGUGCCGGUCAAGCAUAUGGGAGGGAGUGUGGCUUCAGUACUGCUCAGAGCCCUAUAUUGUUUAGGGCCAAAGGAAUAACUGGGAAGGUGGAUGAAAGGCCAGAGAAUCCCGCCAUGGAACUCGGCUCGCAUGCUGUCUCUGUCGCUCCAGCCUCUGAAAGGAGGUGAACGCUCACUGAUGGCUCAGUUGGGAGCAGUUUUGGCUGUGGCUGCCAGUUUCUUGUGUGCAUCUCUCUUCUCAGCUGUGCACAAGAUAGAAGAGGGACAUAUUGGGGUGUAUUACAGAGGCGGUGCCCUGCUGACUUCCACCAGCGGCCCUGGCUUCCAUCUCAUGCUCCCAUUCAUCACAUCCUAUAAGUCUGUGCAGACCACACUCCAGACAGAUGAGGUGAAGAAUGUACCUUGUGGGACAAGCGGUGGCGUGAUGAUCUACUUCGACAGAAUCGAGGUGGUGAACUUCCUGGUCCCACACGCAGUGUAUGACAUAGUGAAGAACUACACUGCCGACUACGACAAGGCGCUCAUCUUCAACAAGAUCCACCACGAGCUGAACCAGUUCUGCAGUGUCCACACGCUUCAGGAGGUCUACAUCGAGCUCUUCGAUCAGAUUGAUGAAAAUCUCAAACUGGCUUUGCAACAGGACCUGACCUCCAUGGCCCCCGGGCUCGUCAUCCAAGCUGUGCGGGUGACAAAGCCCAACAUACCCGAAGCCAUCCGCAGGAACUACGAGCUGAUGGAAAGCGAGAAGACGAAGCUUCUGAUUGCAGCCCAGAAGCAGAAGGUGGUGGAGAAGGAAGCCGAGACAGAGCGGAAGAAGGCCCUCAUUGAGGCAGAGAAAGUGGCUCAGGUGGCAGAAAUCACCUAUGGGCAGAAGGUGAUGGAGAAGGAGACAGAGAAGAGAAUUUCGGAAAUCGAAGAUGCUGCGUUUCUGGCCCGGGAGAAGGCCAAGGCGGACGCUGAGUGCUACACUGCCCUGAAAAUAGCCGAAGCAAACAAGCUGAAGCUGACCCCUGAGUAUUUGCAGCUGAUGAAGUACAAGGCCAUCGCUUCCAACAGCAAGAUUUACUUUGGCAAAGACAUCCCUGACAUGUUCGUGGACUCUCCGGGCAGCCUGAGCAAGCACUUGGAGGCGCUAGUUGACAAGCCGAGCUUUGGCUUAGAAGAGGAGCCCUCGGAGGCGGACGCGGAGGAGAACUGAAUGUCCACAGCCGCACAUGACGCUCAAAGAGAUCUUUAUUUUUUAAUGAUGAACCAGGAUGCGGCUCCCUUCCACACUACCUUCUUUGACUCUCUUCCACGUACUGUGGUGAAAAAAGAAGAAACGGACUUAAAUCUAUUCCCCUUCCUGGGAAGCGGGGGCAGGGACUGAUGAAUUGGGGUUUUCUUCAGGUAAGUAGGUUAUGUGACUUCUGUUAAGAUUUGGAAACCAUGGGUUAGACCUUUGACCGCCAGGCACUGAUUUUCGCCCUUUUGAAGCUGGCUUAAUUAGGGAUGCUAUUAAUAAGAAGUGGGAGAAAUGCAGGGUGUCGCCUCCGAUCGGACUGCCCUUAUUUGGGGAAAGGCAGUCCAGUGUUCUCAUCGUGCCUCCGAGGUGGGAGAUGCCCGUGGGUGAGGCCCAGCUACCGAGCAAAUACGUGCUUGCAAGUUUGCCAGCAGAGCUGUGGAGAAACGGCUGCGGUGGAUGUUGGCUUUCCCGGCGCUCCUGGCCGUGAGCCCGUGAGUUACUGCCGAGGCCCGCUCUCUGGAGCCCUGGUAAGGAAGAGCUGGUGCUAGGUUUUGCAAGCUUUUCUACACACCACCCUCCUUGCCCCAGGGCUGAAAGCGUGGUGGCUUCUGACUACAUUUCCAGGGUCAGGGUUUGGCUACCACCACACAAUUCUUUUUAAAACUUUUCACCUAUUCUGUGAUUUGGUUUUUUUCUCCUCUUAACUUGUUCGUUGGUUCCACUCAGCAUCAAGAAGACAGGAAUGAAGAACUCAGUUGUCUUCAAAGCUGCUGAAGUGGGACUGUGCUAUCUGUUAGCCACUGUGGUACCUGCUUGGCAAACUGUGUGCGUUCCUUGAGAUCAAGUGUCUUUUCAUUGCUGUGGGGAUCCUACGGUUGAAGACCUCCUCUUGGGGAGGAAGAAGGGCUCGUCCAAAAGAUUCCCCACUCUCAGCGCCUGUGACUUGUGCUGGGGUCUGUCUGAUGUAGUGAUAAGGGGGAGCCCAUUCGCUAAACGGCCGAUGUCUUUAAAUCCAGGGCUCCAGGGGUCACACCGAGUGUUAAAUCUCCAGAGACAGCUGUGUGGGUACGAGUUCAUGCCCUAGUCCCUGGGUCAGAAGGGCUGCAUCAGAAUCCACUCAAAUGUUUUUUCGUUACUAAUUGGGAGAUUUGGAUGGGGGGAACACAAACAUGAAAAAAAGGUUUUCUUGUGUCCUGAAGUUGGAGUUGGGGGCAGGAGUGGGUACCAGGUCGCUAAGUGCAGGGCAGCUGUCUGGAGUGAACUUGCAAGCCUGUUGGUAUCGUCCACCACAAGCCCUGGCUGAGGAUUUGUUAUUAGCUGCCCCCCUCCAAGAAGAACUCCCACUGUACCCCUCUUUUCUCGGUGAAACUACAAAUGAUACUUUCUGGCACAGAUUUCCAUCUCAUUUUUGAUCCCACGCCCAGACUUCUGAUUAAUCGAAUGGCCCCAAAAGUCGGGCUACCUUGCUUCUAAGUAGCACCAGGCUUGUCGGGAGUUGGGGGAGCAUUCAGCCGGCCUAGGAAUACACAAAGGGUUAACCCCUCUUAAUUUAAAUGUUGCCCUUCUCUGUUCUAAUCUGUGGGACUUAGAAUUCUCAAACCACCAUUCCUGGUCACACUUCGUGCAGGCAGCCAAAUGUUCCUGGGAGUGAUGGAUUUUAAUGUGCUCAGAAGGCCUUGCAGAAGGCAGUCUAAGACCAACAUAAGGUAUCCAUCAUUAAGAUACACUCACCCUCCUCCCAUUUCAGUGCCAUUAAUCACUUGUUAGGAGUACCAUGUCACAUCCAGCAUCCCUGAUUUACAUAUCUGUCGGCUCCUCUGCUCUGAGACCGGCUGCCUAAGCCUCAGAAAACACUACUCCUCUCCAGUGGAAUACGCAGCAAGGACAUCUCAGCCUCUCUGAAUAGCAAGCUUGCUCAGAUUCUUAACCGGAACUUCUAAUACUAGCAUCCUGUGAUGGCUUGUCCCUUGCACUAGAUCACAAAGGAGCCUCGGUGAAGUCCUGCUACACCUACCCCCCUUCAAUGUCAGUGUCACUUCUUCUUUAAGCAAAAAAUAUAACUGUUGUAGUACCCAUUCGUUUAACUCCAAUGUUGUCUGUACCUGCCUGAAUAGGAAUAUCAUGGAAAUGGGCUAUUUCCUUAGCUUGGGACAACUAACCAAUCUGUCUGUGUGACUUCGUUUCUGUAACACUUACUAGAAAACCUGAUGUGAAAACAUUUGAAUUCUAAACAUGUAAACUGUGACAGCCUGCAAUUUUGUAGGCAGUAAAGUCAUGGCUGCUAUUGAUAAAUGGAACCUCUAUCAAAAUAAGGAACUGUUUAUAAAAGUCAGUUUUUGUAGGACUUCCCAAGGAAAAAUCACCUUGGUUGAAUGUUUCUCACUCAUUAAACUUUGCAGAAGUGAUCUAUAUUCAGUACUGUUUUUAAUCACUUUUUUAAUAUCAGGACAGAAUAUUUGAAAGGAAGCCACAGUUUGUUAAUUUUUAUAUGACUAAAAUAAAUUCGGAGGGAUCUGCGAUCAUAUUAAGUUGAGAGAGGAAAAAAAAUCACUGGAAGAAUUUUAGCAAUAUAGUCAUCCCUCGGCAUCCGCGGUGGACUGGUUCCAGGACACUCCUCCCCCCCCCAUACCAAAAGCCGUGGAUGCUCAAGUCCCUUAUAUAAAAUGGCCCAGUACAGCUGCCUCUGUAUCCGCAGGUUCCACAUCCACAGAUACAAAGGGCCGACUAUAUUGAUCCGAAAAAAAUAGAUGUUUUAUGAAUGAUCUGUUGCAGUCUCUAUGGGUCUCUAUCUUUCAACACAGAUAACUUCACCAUUUAUAAACAGUGAAAGUAAGAUCUUCAUAUUUACUGACUUACCUAUUUAAGUUUGAUCGAGGAUAAGUUGUAUCCUGACUAGUGGUCACUCUGCAUCUAUGGACUUAACCACUGCUUCUUUAGUUCUAUUCAGUAGGGUUCUAGCCACUAUUUCUGGUGUUUCCUUUUAAAAGAGGUAAUAGCCAAUCAUUUUGUGUUUCUAUUUCCGUUCCUCUCUAUUUCUGCUUUUGUGCAAGCUGGUGAUUGAAUAGUCAAAACUAAUUCUGCUUGCAAAGAGCCCCGAGGACUGAAUGACCCCCUUUGUAACUGAGAAAUGAUUGUUGUUAUAUUAAUCACUCUACAAAUGAUAUGCUGGAUUAAUUGCCUUGGACUGAUAGAUGGAAGAACUGUUUUGGACAACUCUAAAGGUGUGAUUUGAUGUCUUAGUUUUAUUUUCAAUCUUGCUAAAUAAAAUGAGUCUUUGUA